CGCAUGCGUAGAACGGCGGGGGGGGUUGUUUCUCCGCAAUAUAAUGGCCGCUUGCGUGCGCGGAUAUCCGCGCGCGUAAGUCUUCCCUGAUUUGGGUCGCGGGAGAUAUCGGGACCGGAGGCGCUCAGGAUGCCGCAGAAACCAGGGGAGGAGGAGGAGGAGGAGCGAGAACGGAAAGACGCUGCUCGGCGUUUGUGCUCGGUAAACACGCGGGAGCCUUGCCAAGUUAUUUUCUGCAACCGCACCCCCCGCUUGGUGAGACCCGUCUGGUUGGACUUCGACGGGAAGCCGCGCCCCUAUCCCACCUUGAAACCGGGCACCGGCCGCCGGAUGUACAGCUACCUGGAACAUCUUUGGUUGUUCAGAGAUGCCAGGUCAGAUGAUAGUCUUCUUGUUAACCAGACAGAGCUGUUUGUAGCUACUCGGAAUACAAAUGGACAACCUAUAUUCGCAAAUAUUACAUUGCCAGUAUUCACUCUGAAGGAAAGAUGUCUGCAAGUUAUCCGCAAAUUAGUGAAACCAGGAAACUACAGGGAAUUAGACAUUGUUCGUUCAUUAUAUGAAGAUCUAGAAGAUUAUCCAGACAUUAGGAAGGAUCUUCAGCGGCUUUUUGUGGAAAGACAUAACCGGCUGAGGAAUGGAAUCUCUGAUCGACGUGAGGAGUCUUAAAUGAGAAAGCUACUUGGGCUAAUAAACUACUGUGUACAAGAGAUAUUAACUAUAUUUUAUGAAUGGAAAAUAUGACAUCGACUUUCCAUUGUGUGUUACUUAGCUCUUGUUUGGUUUAGCCUAUGCAGGUUAUAUGUUGACAGCUAUAAGCAAAGGACAACGAGUCAAAAUGCCACCAGGCCAUAGCUAAAAAUACUUCAAUAAAACAAAACAUUAGAGAAGGUAUGGAACUUUAUUUAGAUAUCAUACAGGAGAAGAUAAAGUGUUUCCAAAGCUGUUUCCUGGUGGCUCUUCACAUAUUCCAACUACUGUUUUAUUUUUAUUAUUUUAUUGUAAAAACUGAACUGUGAACAAAAUAAUCCUCAUAUUUAAGAGUAAAUUACUAUUAAAUGUUUUACCCCUCUAUAUUUAUCUUACAAAUUGAUUUUGAGGGACAAGAACAUUAGGUUGUCUUUUAUUAUUCUUAUGUUUCCUGUAGAUUAUUGUUAUUGCUGCAGAUAUCUGACAUAAGUAGAAAAAGAUGGAAAUUCUGUGAAUGAACGUACUGAAGUAAUGAAUGAUACUUCCGUUAAAGCAGGGAGUAAGCAUUUUCUUAGCUAGUAUUCUUUCCAUUGCCACUAACCUGAAAAUCUGACAGCUAUAUGACAAAGACAUAGUUUUAUGCUAAAUCACAAUUUUCAAGUGUCACUAUAUCAGUAAAAGUGAAUGAAAUAAAUAUGAAAAUAAUAACUUCCACUUUUUUGAUGUUCUAGCCAGAAGAUCAUCACCAGGUAUUCCCUGGCCUAAACAAUAGGAAGAAAACUUCCUAAAUUUCCUAUGCUUCCUCAGUUCAUUGCACUACAGGUUGCCCUUGCCUUAUAACUUCAUUUAAUAACAGUCCGGAAUUAUGAUGUCCUUGGAAAGGUGCUUUGCAGCCCAUAAAGCACUUCUGGCCUUUGCAAAACACUGCACCACCACCUGCAGUCAUGUGAUCCUGAUCUGGGUGCUUGGCAACCUGUUCACAUUCAUGACCAGGUUAUUGCCAAGUGCCUUGCAAUCAUAUGAUUGGCAUUUGCAAUCUGCUCUGCCAGCUUUUCUAGAAAAUCAGUAAGAAAGCCAGCAGGGAAGGUUUGCAAGCUGCUGCCAUUCUCAUCUCUGGCAGCUGACUGAAAGAGCUGCCUCCUAAGGGAAGCUGAGCCCCUUCAGCAGGAUGCAGAAAUGGAGCUAAAAAUCCUGAAGAUUUGGGAAAUGUACAGAAUGUCCUUUCAUGUACAGAAGGGAGCUGAACUCCUUUCAGCCAGCCUCCAGAGAUGAGAGGGAGCCGAAAUCCAAGCAGAGAAUAGAGAGUCAAAGUAGUAAGGAAAGAAGUGCGGGAUGACAUAUGGGGGAAACCCAGUGCAGGCUGUGCAUGAGUGUCUCUACUCAGGCUGUAAAUCUUGCUUGGAUUUUGGCAAGGAUGAUUUUCAGCUCCUGACUGGAGCCUCUCUGGGUUUCUUCCGUUCUCCUGAGGCACCCUGCGCUCCUUACCUGGGUCUCCGCUUAACAACUCACACAAUUAUUUAACGACUACAGUCGGGUGUGUCAGGAUUGUGGUGACUGAACAAAACAUCUUGUUUAACAACCACUGCUCAAUUAUUCCUAUCCAAAUUAUGACUUAUGUGGUCAUAAGUCAAGACUACUAUAUAUCAUACAUCCUUAAAACUCUCAAUUUUAAUAACUUUCUACAGCAUGCUGAGGUAGUAUUCAGCUGCUUUAUUUAAAAAAAUUGUUUGAGGUUUAGCAGGUGAUACAUAAAAUCACUGUUGUCCAAUUUUCCAAUCUCUUUUCUAUAUAGCUACUGAAAACUAAUUUUCACAAUUAUUUUUUAUGCUAUUUGGUGUCAGCGAAGAAUGCUUUCACUAUUUAAUCUUAAACUUUCAAGAUGGAAUAAUUGAGGUGAGAGCCAAUGUUUAGAUAUCAUUUUUCAAGUAAGGCAUGUUUGUUAAGUAAUUUCAUGUCCAAAAUAGUUUCUAAUGUGUAUAAUUUGUGUACACAUUAUUGUUGGGGGCUGGAAUUUUGUGUAAAUAAGAUUCUCCUGUUUUAAAUCAGACAGUAAAAAUAGCAACAUAAAACAGGAAGGAGGUCUUUAUGAAAAGGAAGUCUAUAGCAGCUCAGUUUUAGUAACUUAAAUAUUUAGUUCUGUAUCUGAGUUCUUAGAAGAAAACAUGUUGUUAAUGUAAAAUUGGGCACAUCAUUACUUUUGUGUAAUUCUAUGUUUAUUUGAUAUAGAGUGAUAAUAGUUGUCCAGGCUGGCCUAUUUGACUUCUAUUUCUGAAUUGUUAAGAAUUGCUUCUAAUGUAUAUUUGAUUAUUUCUCAGCAUUCCAUAUAAUGCAGUUUAUCUUUUUUAAUUAAAAAAAUCCUUGAAGAUAUUAAAGCAGCUUGUUAAUUGGA